AUGGAGGCUGAAGACUUCUCCCACAAAACUGUGGCCAUCAUCGAUGGCUCUGGUAGCGUGCAGCAGGCUUGGUUGCCUGAUCUGAGCCUCUACAGUCACCCUCGCAUCGUCAUCCUGCGUCUUGGAGCACCUGUGUGGUUUCACCGGCCAGGUGUCGAUGUCUCGCUCCCACCAGGGCCUCUGGCACGUUGCGCAGAUCCAACAGCCACAGAUGCCAUGCGGGAAUCCCUGGACGCGAAGCGGUACCUUGCCACAUUCAAGGGCAAGUUACGCCACAGCCAGGUGCGCAUGGCUUUGGCGAAUCUCCACCACAAUGAUUUCGAUGUUGUCAUUGUAGAUCGGCUGGAUGGCAGCUAUGACUACGAGCAACUAUUAUUCUCCUCGACCUUCAGCUUGAUCCUCCAGGGUGACAUGCUCCAAACUUUCCACUUUGCUGAGGCUGUUUGUUCUGGUGGUAUCCCAGUGCUCAUUUCAAGCCAUUGGAUCCCACCUUUACAAGAAUUGAUACCAUUCGAGUCCUACGGCAUGCGCUUUCGCGAUGAUGACAUCCCCAGCCUGAUCGUGAAGUUGCGUGCUGUGGAUGAGUUCACGCGACGGCAGCUGCGCCAGCGUGCAGUGGAGGCAUGCAGGUCACACUUCAGGACUAUGGAGGUCCAAGCUGCGUCAGUGGCGCAGCAGCUGUCUCUAGCAAGCCAUCGCUCUGCGCUCCUGAAGGAGUCGGCCGACAGCCUUGGGGUGGGCAGAUGCGCGACCGCUGCCGACUCUGUCCCGACCCUGUUCUACAUCAUGAGUGUCACAGAAGCAGAGGCUCUUGCGCCCAAGCUGCGUGGAUGCCUCUUGAGCGGACUUGCGGGCACGGUGCAUCAUGCUUUCCUUUCCCUCCGGAGGGUGUCAUCCAAUUGCAUGGCCCUCCAGUUGGAGCAUGCUCAUGUUGUUGUCGUACCAGGCUAUUCUGCGCUUGAUGCUCUAGCAAGGCCACUUUCCUUUCCAGGCCGACUCUGUGGAGCAAGACAAGUUUAUGAGGGAUAUCAGCAGCUGCAAUCAGACGCACGCCUGCGUGGCAAAAUGCUGGUGUUGCUGGACAGGGGCAGUGCGCGAAUAUCCCAGGACCAGACCUACAGCUGGCUAUUGCUAGGUGCCAGGCGUGAUGCCUUUCAAUACGGAGUGGACAUUUCCAUGCCGACAGAACCAACUCCUCGCUGUGCCAGCGAAUCUGCAUCAAGAUCUUAUCUGGAGCCUCUUACACAGAAGCGCUACCUCAUAAGCUUCAAGGGAAGUUUUCAGGAUCGGCCCUUGGCAGCUGAAGUGGCAGCGUUCCAUCGCGACCGCCCGAACGUAGUCGUAGUGGAUGAUGUGAAUGCGGGGUAUGAUUCGGAGUUCUUGCUGUGGAACUCGAUCUUCAACCUGGUCGUUGCCACCGCGGAUGAUCGUGAUGCCCGGUUCAACGAGGUGGUUUGCGCGGGCGGAAUCCCUGUAGCAAUGGCAGAUGCAACUUGGGUGCCACCCUUUGACGGCUUCAUCCGUUUCAGCUCCUACGGCGUGCUGGUGGACACGGAUCCUUCAAUGCUGCUGCCUCGCUUGCGUGACGUGCUCGUGAACAGGGCGGAGGUGUACGUCCUUCGUGAGAAUGCGCGAAAGGUGUGCACCCGAUUUCUGCAGACUCGUGAGAUCCAGGCAGCUGCUGCCCUGGAAGCUCUUGAGACGCCGAACAGAGCCGAGGAUGACAGCCUUAGCGUGGUGCUGACCCAGACUAUCUUCGACGAGGAGCAGAACCACCUUUAUGCACUCUUCGAGACUGGAGCCUUGUUCCGGGCAGUGGCAUCCAGAGCGAGGACUCUGCAGCACCUUUGGAUGACGGUCGCUGCUGGGCCGUUCGAGAACUUGGCUGCUGACAGGGAGGCGGUUUAUGCAGUCGGCUCGGACCACAAAGUCUAUAAGCACUCAGGUCCACUCCAGUCCGUGACUAUAGAUGCUGACUGGACUGAAGUGUCUCGCGGGCAAGUGCAGGCACUUGCGAUUCACAAGAAGGCAAUACUUGCUGCGGGUUUGGAUGGCAACAUCUACCAGCAGCCUCUGGAUGCAAUGUCCAUCUACACAGAUUGGGAGCUUGUCAUUGAAGGGCAGAAUUUUCAUCGCAUCUCAGUUCGCGACGGAGUUCUUUAUGCGACCUCGGAGCUCUCCGUGGUGCACUCAUUGGACUUGGCGAGGCCAUCGCGCGGCUGGGAGGAAGCGUCCAUCCGACAUCUUCCUGGUGAUGUCCGGCAUUUGCUGUAA